AUGCGGGUGGAGCUCACUUCACAGAAGGGGCUGCUUCAAGAGUUGACUGUGGUUGCUCCUGAGGAGCUAGGCUGGAGACCUUGCCCGCGUGUCCUGCCCAGCCCGCCUUCCUCAGCCAUGGCAGCCUAUGGCCAGACGCAGUACAGCACAGGGCUCCAGCAGGCUGCACCCUACACGGCCUACCCACCUCCAGCGCAGGCCUACGGAAUCCCUUCUUACAGCAUCAAGACAGAAGACAGCUUGAAUCAUUCCCCUGGUCAGAGCGGAUUCCUCAGCUACGCCUCCAGCUUCAGCACCCCACCCACUGGACAGAGCCCAUACACCUACCAGAUGCACGGCACAGCCGGAAUCUAUCAAGGAGCAAAUGGACUGACCAACGCAGCUGGAUUCGGGACUGUGCACCAGGACUAUCCUUCCUAUGCCGGCUUUCCUCAGAGCCAGUACUCCCAGUAUUACAGCUCAACCUACAACCCUCCCUACGUCCCGGCCAGCGGCAUCUGCCCUUCCCCCCUCUCCACAUCCACCUACGUCCUCCAGGAGGCCUCGCACAGCAUCCCCAACCAGAGUCCUGAGUCGCUUGCUGGUGAAUAUAACACGCAUAAUGGACCACCCACGCCAGCCAAAGAGGGAGACGCAGACAGGCCCCACCGGGCCUCCGACGGGAAGCUCCGGGGCCGGUCCAAACGGAGCAGCGACCCCUCCCCUGCUGGGGACAGUGAGAUUGAGCGUGUGUUCGUGUGGGACUUGGACGAAACGAUAAUUAUUUUUCACUCCUUGCUCACGGGGACCUUUGCAUCCAGAUACGGGAAGGACACCACGACGUCCGUGCGCAUUGGCCUGAUGAUGGAAGAAAUGAUCUUCAACCUGGCAGAUACCCAUCUGUUCUUUAACGACCUGGAGGAUUGUGACCAGAUCCACGUUGAUGACGUCUCAUCAGAUGACAAUGGCCAAGAUCUAAGCACAUAUAACUUCUCUGCUGAUGGCUUCCACAGUUCGGCCCCAGGAGCCAGCCUCUGCCUGGGCUCCGGCGUCCACGGUGGCGUGGACUGGAUGAGGAAGCUGGCCUUCCGCUACCGUCGGGUGAAGGAGAUGUACAACACGUACAAGAACAACGUGGGUGGCUUGAUAGGUGCUCCCAAAAGAGAGACCUGGCUGCAGCUCCGAGCCGAGCUGGAAGCACUGACUGACCUCUGGCUGACCCACUCCCUGAAGGCACUGAACCUCAUCAAUUCCCGACCCAACUGUGUCAACGUGCUGGUCACCACCACUCAACUAAUUCCUGCCCUGGCCAAAGUCCUGCUGUACGGACUGGGCUCUGUGUUUCCUAUUGAAAAUAUCUACAGUGCAACCAAGACAGGCAAAGAGAGCUGCUUCGAGCGCAUAAUGCAGCGAUUUGGCCGGAAAGCUGUCUACAUCGUCAUCGGGGACGGCGUGGAAGAGGAGCAAGGGGCCAAGAAGCACAACAUGCCUUUCUGGCGAAUAUCCUGCCAUGCAGACCUCGAGGCCCUGCGGCACGCUCUGGAGCUGGAGUAUUUAUAG